GUCAGAGAGUCGGAUAAAUACCGCGCUGCUUUGCGUGACAGCCCCACUCACUCACAGAGACAGAGAGAGACAGACGGAUCUACCAUGCCCUCCAGACUCUCCCAGCCAGGUCAGGGAAUUCUGGGUACUUUCUCCCUGUUUUAUCUGCUCCUGACCCAAUGCUGCUCUGUGUCCCAUGGAAAAGCUGUCAUCAGGCGCCCCAAGAUUAUAUCACCAAAGGACAAUGCUGCCAUCGCAGCCCAGGGCAGUGGCUGCACCAUUACAUGCGUGGCUCGCAGCUCGUGGCCCGACUUCCACAUUGUCUACUGGUUGGCCGACAACAACUUUAUAGAAGACAAGUUCCCUGAUGGGAGGGUGUGGGAGGAGCCAGAGAGACAAAGUGCCGGCCAGACGACAGAGAAAUCCCUGGUCUUUUCAUCGGUGGAGGAGAAGGAUUUCUCGGUCCGGUUCUGCUGUGUCGUCCAGGACCCGUCUGGUGCCGAUAUCAGGAAUAUCUCCCUGCAGAGGGGCCCCCAAGUACUUACAUCCCCGCCAGGUAGAGAGAUCCCACCAGGAGACCCCCCAGCCCUCAUCCAGUGACACAAGGACAUGAGCCAAUCACAGGGACCGAUGCAUAUUUACACAACAGGCCCAAUGCUCAGCCCAUCUGGCCAAGAACCUACACAGGGCUCCGGUACGUCUGUGCAGAAGGUUCUAGAACAUCUCCGCUUUGGCCAGGAAGGUUGGACAGUUCCACCGGGUGAAAGUUGUUUUAUCGAAGUUGCACAUUUCUGAGUCUCUGGAAACGGUUACAGGCAGAAAGAGAUGGAAAGUUCCGAAGGUUCCGUGUAACGUGUUCCCUCACUCAGCCCAAGACUUCUUUGCGGCUCCGGAGCCUCAGGAACAAACCCAGCGGCCGGUACCCUCAGUACCCACGGCCCAUCUCAUAACGAACAUUUCAACAAACUUGUCUAUCUCUCUGGCAAAUUGACACUAAUUAACUCUUAUUUACCCAAGAUGCUUUGUGGGUGGAACGUAAUUGUUUUGUUUGGGGGGGGGGGAGGGGGCUAAUGGUGGCCCCACACACGGAGCUGGAAAUGAUAAACUUUAAUGGUAUUUUCUUAAAGGUUUUAGCAUCAUUUUUGUUGGCAGCUGAUUGGCACAGUUAUAGGGCGGCACAAAGUGCCACAUAGGAUACAUGAUACAGUAGAGCCGGUUGGUACUGGGAACCCAAACCCAUUAUGCACAAUGAGAGGCAGCGAGUACCGGCACCCCAACUACAUGAUACAGUAGAGCCGGUUGGUACUGGGAACCCAAACCCAUUAUGCACAAUGAGAGGCAGUGAGUACCGGCACCCUCAACUACAUGAUACAGUAGAGCUGGUUGGUACUGGGAACCCAAACGCAUUAUGCACAAUGAGAGGCAGUGAGUACCGGCACCCCAACUACAUGAUACAGUAGAGCCAGUUGGUACUUGGAACCCAAACCCAUUAUGCACAAUGAGAGGCAGCGAGUACCGGCACCCCAACUACAUGAUACAGUAGAGCUGGUUGGUACUGGGAACCCAAACCCAUUAUGCACAAUGAGAGGCAGUGAGUACCGGCACCCUCAACUACAUGAUACAGUAGAGCUGGUUGGUACUGGGAACCCAAACCCAUUAUGCACAAUGAGAGGCAGCGAGUACCAGCACCCCAACUACAUGAUACAGUAGAGCUGGUUGGUACUGGGAACCCAAACCCAUUAUGCACAAUGAGAGGCAGCGAGUACCGGCACCCCAACUACAUGAUACAGUAGAGCUGGUUGGUACUGGGAACCCAAACCCAUUAUGCACAAUGAGAGGCAGCGAGUACCAGCACCCCAACGUAUUGUACAGUAAGAGACAAUAGGCAGCACCCACAUUUAAUACAGUAAGUCAGUGGGCAGUGCCCCAAUCACAUAUAUAUAUUAGUGGGUAAUGGCACCCUAUGUAUAUUAUACUACCCUAGGGCCACCAACAUGGGCACUGCUGGCCAACAUGAACUGUGCGCCCAAAAUAACCAUCCAAUGCACAAGGGCCAUGCCGAAUUCUUAUAAACAGAGCUUAGUGAUGUAAUUAUACAUAUUAUAAUAAAUAAUGUCACCCCCUGUUGUACAAUAUAAGGAUAUUAGAUGU